AUGGAAGGCUACAUGAUUCGCGUACCGAUGGAAGCUUGCUUCCCAGACACAUGUUCUGCCUGGGAACAAAAGUCCAAGACUCACCAACCUGUUCAUUCGCGUGUGCUCUACUAUGUGCUCGAAGAAGGCUAUUUGCGCGGCUACGCGACACCAAAUGAUAUCAAUGAACCGGUUGAAUCGUUCCGGUUGACCAGCAAUCGCAUCAAAGUCAACACCAUGUGCUCACUCAACAUUUUCGAGAUAAAAGCAAGAGUAGGGAGAUUGCGCCUACCACAACAAUGUGCCGUAAACACAUUGAGCUCAGACACCAGCGAAGACGAAGACGACAGUGAGAUCGAGCAAGCCGAUUCGGCUGCGUUGUAUAUGCCCCCCACGACCACAUCAUCGUCUCCAAACGUGAUUAACGAAAACUACCAUGUCGUAUUCUUCGCCGCAAACACAGAUCUGGUCAAGAAAUGGUCCGUAAAGCUGCUGAACUGGACUCGUUCCGUAUUUGGGUCUCUCGCUGGCCACGACGAAGCAGAGCUCAGGAUGGCAAAAGCAAAAAUACUUCAUGCUCUGCACGCGAUGAACGCUGCAAACCAGUUCCUGCGACCAGUCGAAAUACCAACAACACCUCACGCCGCAAUGGAUUUCCCAGCAAUUACGUCGGAACAAGUUAGCAUCGCUGAUGCGUCUAUCAACCUGCCAGCGCUUGCCAAUGAUUCGAGUAAGCGUACACUGAACGAAACAACCAAUACAAUCCAGGUCAUCGACUUGGCAGACGUUGUAAAGCUCUCCGACAUGUUGACACAGACACAACCGCCAAAUCCGUGGUGGAUAGCCUCGUUUGGAAGACACAGGAAGAUUUCGUCGUAUUCUCAGAGGUGUUAA